AAUAUUGAAGAGAGAACUGUAUAUGGACAUAUAGAAACGUAAUAGAAGGAAAAAUUACACUAGGACAAAUUAUUUCGCUGUAAAUGAAGACUAAUUGCCGAUUUUUUAGGAAAUAUAUCUAUAUUUUAAUGAUAUUCCUUGUUGUGUUAUCAAUCUACGCUUUGGGAAGAUAUUCGAUAGACUCUACAGUUAAAGAGAAGGAAGAUAUUUUGGAAUUUAUAAAAAUUGCUAGGGGGGAUGGACCCUCUCUUCUUAAAGUUCAAAUGACUGAUGCAGAUAGACAUAUAGUUUUCGAUUUACUGAAAGCUAUAGAUUUGGUUGCUAAAAGACUGAAUAUUUCCUAUUUUAUGUGGGCUGGAACACUUCUAGGAUCUUAUAGGUAUUUAAAUCACCUAUUCUUUUCAAAGAUAUUACGCAGUGUAUUUGAUAUUUAAUUACUUGCAAAUGUAAAAGAUGGCGAAAGAGUAGAACUUAAUUUUGUGUCGCCAUCUACGUUAGAAUUCUUAUUGAAAAUGAAACUUUCUAUCAGUGCCUAGGGGAGGACUUUUGGGAGUCCUAAGUGACCGCCGAAUUCUUUUCCGUUUCUCUAAAAAAAAAAUCGUUAGCAGUGUGACUCUUUACAUCUUUUGAUUGUAAAAGAAAACGGAGGGGAAUGGGUGAGAGAGACAGAGAGAGAGAGAAUGUGUGGAAUAUCUUCAAUUUCUUUAACUCCUAUAAGAGAGCACUGUAAAUUAUCGAAUUAUAUUAAUUAUUUAUAAAUAUGCCUUCGCUUACUGUUCUUUUGAUUUUCUUUUCCACCAAUUAUACAUUAAUACUAUCAGAAAGUAAAAUAACUAUAUAAGUAAUGACUUUUUUUAGUAAGAAAGUCGUUUACCCAUACUCCUUACUUACUCUCCGUCUUACUCAUCUAUACACUUAUCAUCUCUUCAUUUAUUAAGUAGAUAUGCUAGAGGGUUACGUAAUAUGUUUUUGUAAAUAUUAUAUAGAUUUAUACAUAUAAAUCCCAUGUCUAAGAGAAAUACAUUUUAGCGUUUAAUCCUUUAAAGACGUAUAAAUAAAUGCUGCAUAUCUUAAGGAAUCACGAUAUCAUUCCUUGGGACGACGAUAUUGAUCUCAUCUUUAAUUUUGAAGAUAGAUUUUUAUUAAUGGAAUACUUACCGAAAAUCAAGGAAAUCCUACCGGAGACAUUAAUAGAGAGAGCGAAUAUGAGAAUUAAAGUGUCGGAUAAAAGAGGGGUUAGAUACUAUACAGAUGAUCAGGAUUUUGCUUACAGAUGGCCGUUCAUUGAUAUAGAAUUUUUUCAAGAGAAUGCAACUCAUAUUUUCACGAUAAACGAUGAAAAUACUCGUGUUUUUGAUAGAUCCGAUAUCUUUCCAGGACACCAUAGACCAUUAGGGAAUCUCUGGUUAAGUUCCCCUAGAAAUCCUGUAAAGGUCUUAAAGGCGUACUACGACGAUCUUUCAGUUUGUUCUACAGGCAGAUAUAGUCAUAAAUUAGAAAGGUUCAUGAGACUUGUGGGCGACAAGGCAAAGUGUAAGAGUCUUUUGAAUGUAUAUCCAUUCGUUAAGAGACGCUUAAGGAAGACGUCGAGUCGUCAGCAAGUUGAAGAAUCUCUAAUUGAAAGGGAUAAACUAAUUCACACCGUAUAUGUUGAUGAAACUGAAUAUGAACAAGUUAUUUAAACAAGUAUUCCAUUCUAUACUAUUCGUUUUAUGUUGUUUAGUAUAUGUCGUAUAGAAGAUUGACUGUGUAUUAAUGAUUCUUUGCCAUGGAAAAAAAUCACUAUUAACUUUUUUUUCCUCCCUCCUCUAUAAAUAAAUUAUCAAGAAACGUAAAUAAAAUUCUACGAUUUCUUUAGAAAGGGGAUUAGACCACCAACUUAUCCGCAGAGGCGUCUUAAACCGUCUAAUAAGUGAUCAUUAAUUAAAGAGGAAUAUAAAAAAGUGAGAGCUGUCAAACGAAAUGAUUAGAGUUUGAGUUUGCAAAAUACAAUAAAUUUCAAAGAUAGAAAUAGUUUAUAGAAGAGCAUCCCUGAAAGUUGCAUACUAAGGACUGACAGCUACAAUUAGAUCACUUGUUGGUACACUAAUUCAAAAGACAUAUACAUAAAUACGUAAAACAAUCAAAUGCUUCUAUAAUGAAUUUCUUUCUUUUAUCGUUCUCAAUUUCCCAUCAGUCCAUCAAUCAUAAUUUUAAAGAAAGCUAUAGAAAAUUUAUACAAAAUGUCGAAAUAAAAAAUGUAUUUUGUAUAGAAGAGACUUAUAAGACUAACUGGAGAUGUAUAUUUUCUUCUUUAUAGUAUCACCAUUGUAACAGAAUGCAAUUAAUAUACAGUAUUUCGUAGAUUGACAGAGGACGAAACUCGCUGACCAUCAAUCGUGAUAAAUCUAAUAAUUAAGUGAGAAAUAG